UGUGCAUUGCCGCUUGCUAGCUUGUGGGCUAACAAUAAUUGUCUGCUAGCAAUUCUCUCUACUGUUGUUUUUAUUGCAGUUAUUCGUUAGUUUUCCCGCAUUGAAGUAACAGUACAUUUUUAUUUGUGUGUUAUUCAAUAUAUGGGCGUAUUCGGAACCCUAAAACAGUAGGUAUGGAGAUUGAUGGACAUGAGGUGAUGACACUGGAGCUUCAAGACUUCAGGGAGCCAGAAAAUACCACAAAAUACAUGCACACUGUAAAAUACGAGCCUUCCUCAUCUGCACUUGAAAUCCGACGCAAAAUAAGGUCAUGCCUUGAAGGUCUGAAUGAUGAAAACCUACUUAAAAAACCAGUGGUUGUUUUGGAACGACUCCCUGAUUUUGCAGUUCAAACCAUUCAACCACCAACAGCUCAGCAGUUCUACAGCGAAAUAGAGUCCCCCAACAGCUCUGACUCUGACAUGCUGUGGGAACCAGGAGAGGAUUCCGGAGAUUCGGAUUUUGGAGUUUCCAAAACUAAAAAGAAAAAUUCAAAAUGUAAGCAAUUCAACAAAGUGACAGUGGCUCCACCAUUAACGAGCAUCAAAAACUGCAGCGUUGCUGGCAACAGUGGUAACGGCAUCGGCAACAUCAGUAACACUUCCAGCAAGAUCAGUAACAUCAACAGCAGUAGCAGCGCCAGCAACAGCAGCAGCACUGACAGUGCCAACAAAUCCCUUGAACCAUCCCCCAUCAUAGUGUCGUCUGCUUUUGCUAGCCACUCCAGUGAAACAAGAAAAGUGCGGCCUGAUUUACCAGAAUUGGAGAUCACUGUAAACAUGACAGUCCUGGCCAGAAGGAGAGCCAUGAGGUGGCAAAGAGGCAAGAUAUUAGAGAUAAUCAACAGAGAUGAUGGAAGGGUUAAAUAUAAAGUGAUCUUUGAGGAAAAGGGCAAGAGUUUGGUAUCAGGACACCACAUCGCAUUCGACACCAACCCAAAGCUGGAGCGGCUGUACGUCGGAGCCCGUGUUUUAAUCCAGUCUCCAGAAGACAAUCAGUGCUUCUUGCCUGGACUUCUGGCUGAGCUUCCCAGCAGGAAGAAUCGCUUAAGGUUUUUGGUUUUUUUGGAUGAUCACACACCACUGUAUGUCAGCCUACCUUCACUUUACCUGGUGUGUAGACAAAUGGAUGAUACUCUAUGCGACCUUCCGGAUGGCCCACAUAAAUGCUUCAUGGAACAAUAUCUGAAGACUUGGCCCUAUCCACACCUUACCCACUACAAAGAAGGGCAAAGCCUCAACAUUGAACUAAAUGGAGUCCAUCGGAAAUGUCAGGUUGAGACGGUUGAUUGCAGCUUGAUGAAGGUUGUGUUUGAGGAGAAUGGGGAGAAAGACUGGAUCCACCGAGGCUCCAUACGUCUGGAACACAUGUCCAAGUUCUUGGAGAUGAAAUUGAACCAAGACUCCAAUGCAGAAAAUUCUGACCCUAAAUUCUGACCUAUUGAUUGACAUUAGGGAGACUAAAAUAUUCUUUAAUGAAUUUUUGGCAAAUGUGAUCCCAAUUUCUUCCCUUUCGUAUUUUCAUUUGUUGUCCUCACAAUAUGUUUAGUUUAGUUUAUCAUUGUUUUUAACUUUGUUAAUAAUUUUUGAAUCUGCAUCUGGUUCUAUCAUGUACAUUUUUGUUUUUUCAUUAUUAAAUGGAAAAGGUUUUAAAAUGUUUUUUGUCUGUCCUUCUGAACUACUUUUUGAUUGCUUAGUGUUAGUCAAGCCAAAUUUUAUUCAUCUAGUGCAUGCAUCAUCUUUCUGCAUCUUUCUAAGUUUGUUGUAAAAUUUAACUGUAAACCUUUAUAUCGGAUUAGUGCUCAUUUGUAUAAGUUAAGCACAGCUGCGGGCAAAAAAAAAGUAUAAAUAGCUUAAAGGGGUUUUGUCAUUUAAAGAGUUUGACUUUGAUCUAGACACUGAAUGUUUCCGAGCUGUGCUUUACUGUUAUGUUUUUGAACUGAUUGGAAGUAAUAGGUGAAUA